AUGCGCAUUCAGAAGGACAUAGCAGUAAAAUUGGGGCUGGAUUCUGCACAAGAAGCAGAGGCAGUAGCAGCAAAAGCAAUUCUUGAUGGUGUUAUUGAUGCAACCAUUGAUCAUGAUCAACAAUUCUUACAGUCUAAGGCUGUUAUCUUCGUUGAGUUGCUGGGUGCUCUAUUGGGCACCGAGAGACAACCAACCAUAGAAGAUGAUGAGAGGAAGAGGGCUAUGCAAGAGGAGAGAGCAAGAGCGGAGGACGAAGACUUAGGUGAUGAUAUGGACAUGAUUUAG